AUGUUUGCGUCAUCGCGUAGCCUAGAGAGAUAGUUUGGCUGUUCGAUCGGUCGAUUCGAUUGAUUCCUCGUCCAUCGCGAGAAUUUCCUGCUAGCUAUGGCGGAGAAGAUCUUGAUCCUUGGCGCCACGGGCUACAUUGGCAAGUACAUCACCAAAGCAAGCAUCGCGCUCGGCUACCCUACCUUCGUCUUCGUGCGCUCCUCCUCCAGCCAGGACAAGGCCAAGGCGGAGUUCCUCGACUCGAUCAAGGCGUCCGGCGCCACGAUCUUGCAUGGGUCUCUCGAGGAUUACGCCAGUCUCCUAGCCGCGAUCAAGCAGGUCGACAUUGUCAUCUCGGCUGUCGGCCCCGCACAGAUCCACGACCAGUACAAAGUCAUUGAAGCGAUCAAGGAGGCUGGAACAGUAAAGAGAUUUCUUCCCUCGGAAUUUGGAAACAAUCCGGCCGUGGCCAAGAAAAUCCACCCGGCUCUACAGGGUAUGUUUGGUCUCAAGCUCCAGCUCCGGAAAACCAUUGAAGAGGCCGGGAUCCCUCACACAUACGUUUCAACCAACUCUUUCGCCGGCUACUUCUUGGCAAACUUGGCUCAGCCCGGACAGUUCUCGCCGCCACGAGACAAAGUUACCAUCUGGGGAGAUGGAAACACCAAAUUGGUCAUCGUCGAGGAAGGAGAUAUUGGAACUUACACUAUCAAGUCCGCGGUGGAUCCCAGAACACUCAACCAGGUGGUUUACUUCCGUCCUCCGGCCAACAUCGUGUCCCAGAACGAGAUUGUGGAGCUCUGGGAGAAGAAGAUCGGCAAGACCCUGGAGAAGUCUUACGUGCCAGAGGAAGCUAUCUUGAAGACCAUAGAAGAAACUCCAUUCCCCAAUAACCUUUUCUCAGCGAUCACUCACUGCAUUUUCGUCCAAGGCGAUCAAUACGGAUUCGAUGUCGAGUACGACACGGCGAAACUCUACCCGGAUGUGAAAUACACCACAGUGGACGAGUACUUGUCUCGUCUAGUGUAAGAAACAAAAGAAAAAACUGUACGUGGUAUUUCUUUCAUUCCAUCUUUUUUUUCAUGGAAUACAUAAUUAUCAUAAUACUUAUUCUUUCUA